CAGGGCUGUUAUUGAAACUUUACAUUUUCGGUUUAUAAUCCAACCCGGCGGUUCUGUUCUCCGUUUCACCGGUGACGAACAAAAGCAAAUCCAGCUCAUCACUUUCUCUCUCCAAGUUGGAUCUGAUCGGCAGACGUGAAGCUUCUGUUGGAUAGUUUCAACCAUGAUUCAAUUUGUUCUCUUAAUAAGUCGACAAGGAAAGGUUAGAUUGACAAAAUGGUAUUCACCCUAUUCCCAAAAGGAACGAAGUAAGGUUAUAAGAGAGCUUAGCGGGAUGAUUCUCACACGUGGUCCCAAGCUUUGCAAUUUUGUUGAGUGGAAGGGAUUUAAAGUUGUUUAUAAAAGAUAUGCAAGCCUCUACUUUUGUAUGUGUGUUAAUCAGGAAGACAAUGAAUUGGAGAUUCUUGAAAUCAUUCAUCAUUUUGUUGAGAUUCUUGAUCGUUACUUUGGAAGUGUUUGUGAGCUGGAUUUGAUCUUUAAUUUUCAUAAGGCGUACUACAUACUGGAUGAAGUUUUAAUAGCAGGAGAACUUCAAGAAUCAAGCAAAAAGACAGUUUCCCGUUUAGUAUCUGCACAGGAUUCUUUAGUGGAGGCAGUGAAAGAAGAAACAAAUUCUAUAAGCAAUAUAAUUGCACAGGCAACCAAAAAGAGAUGCAUAAACUUCAAAAUGAGUAUUUGCUGA